AUGGAAUCUAGGGACAAAGAACCAAUGGAAACACAAACUCAAUCUCGAUCCCGAACUUCCGGUCAAACGAAUGUAAGAACUAAGACAGAUAAAGCAUGGGAACAUAUAACUCUAUCCAAGGAUGACCAAGGAAACAAGAUUUACAUUUGUAAUUUUUGUGAAAAAAAUUUCCGUGGUGGUGGCAUUAGCAGAGCUAAGAAACAUCUUGUCGGUGUUAUUGGUGACAUAUCAGCUUGUACUAAAGUAACUCCAAAAGUUCAUUUUACAAUGGAAGGUAAUUUGAAAGAAACAUCACAAAGGGAAAAAUGUAAAGCUACAUCAAGUGUUACUAUCUUGGAUGACGAUGAAGAUAUAGAAGAAACACAAGUUGGAAAUGCCAAAGAACGAUCUGUUAAAGAGGGGAAAAAGAAAGCUACAUCAAGUGUUCAUCCUUUCUUUACAAAAGGUAUAAAUGAUCCUUCUCCACGCACUAUUAAAUCUGCCAUGCAAACUAAGAAAAGAAUAAAUGAUGUGGAUUUAGUUAUUGCAAUGUGGUUCUAUGAUGCAUGUAUACCUAUGAAUGCUUGUAACUCUUCAUAUUUUCAACAUAUGAUAGAUAAAAUAACAAGUAUUGGUUAUGGGUACAAAGCACCUAAUUAUCAUGCUCUGAGGGUAAACUUAUUAUCAGAUGCAAAGAAAUUUGUUUCAUUGUUAAUUGAUUCAUACAGAAGUCAGUGGAUUGAAAGUGGUUGCACGAUUAUCAGUGAUGGGUGGAGGGAUAUUAGGCAACGCCAUUUGAUUAAUUUCUUGGUUUGUUGUCCUAAAGGGAUAUCAUUUCUUAAAUCUGUUGAUGCAUUUGAUAUAGAGAGCAAUGCAUUGAAUUUGUGUAAUUUGUUUGCUAAGAUUGUUGAGAUGGUAGGACAAAAGAAUGUGGUACAAAUUGUUACUAACAAUGUUGCCAGUUACAAACUUGCUGGUAAUAUGUUAUGUGAAAGAUAUACUUCUAUUACUUGGUCUCCAUGUGUAGCACAUUGUCUUAAUCUUGUAUUAAAGGAUGUUUCAAAAUUGGAUAAUGUGAAAAGUUUGGUCACUCUUGCAUCUAGGUUAAGAAAAAGAGUUGGUUGGACUGAAAUCAUCCGUCCAGGUGCUACCCGUUUUGGUACCGCUUUUAUUGCAUUGAAAAGUUUGUAUGAUCGUAAAUCCGAUUUACAAGCAAUGGUUAUAUCUACAGAGUUUAACAAGAUGUUAAAAGUGGGAAAUGGGGUUGAAUGCAAAGAAAUUGUCUUGAACGAAAAUUUUUGGAAAAAUUGUUUGAUUACGGUGAAAGUGAUGACUCCUUUGUUAAGGCUUUUGCGGUUAUGUGAUUCGGAUGAAAAACCUACAUUGGGUUAUGUUUAUGAGGGAAUGCAUCGCGCAAGGAGAGGGAUUAAGGAAUUAUUUAAGAAAAAGAAAGAAUUAUACAAGCCUUAUACCAACAUAAUUGAUAGAUGUUGGGAUAGGAUGUUAAGAAAAAGUAUUCAUUGUGCAACGUAUUUGUUAAAUCCAGUUUUCCAGUAUGAUCGUGAGAAUCUUUGUUCUAAAAGAGAGAUAUUUCAAGGCGUUCUUGAUAUGGUUGAGAAGAAUUUUUCUGGUAGCAGCAUUAAAGAUCUUACAAUGUCUCUAGGAAAGUUCUAUGAUAGUGAAGAUGAGUGGUGGAAGUUAUUUGGUAGGGAUACACCUAUGUUGCAAAAGUUUGCUAUUAGAAUUUUAAGUCAAACCGUAUCUUCUUCCGGUUGUAAACAAAACGAAGUUGGUCAUGUUUUUGAUGAGAAUGAAGUUGAUAGUAAAUUUCAUUUACUAAGUGAUCGUGAAAUUGAUACGUUUAACACUCCAUUGUCUUAA